AUGGAGAAGGCUGAAGAGGACAUAGUCCUAUAUCCGCCUCAAUAUGGCUUCAGCUCUCUGGAACUUUACCCUCACUCCACGGCAAAAUGUCCCGCGCGUUUACCAAUAGACACCCAGAUACUGCCAAGGAUGAAGGACAAGGACCAAGAUUCCAUGGUGUCCGAGGACAGUGCUGUAUCCAACGUGGGGGUCAGCAGCCAGUGUUGCCCCGACAGAGCUGCCAACCCUGCGUACAAGAACGGCCGACGCUUCCAGGAGCUGCAGAUGUUGAUCCUGCCAUUCAUCCCCAUCCUGGCACUGAUAUGUCAAACUAUCUACUACCUCCAGGACGUGCUGGUCUACCACGAGGAGGUGUCAGCUGUAGAGAUGCAGGUGACAAUAGCUACAGAGCUAGGCAAAGUCGUGACGAGUCUACAGGUAGAAAGAUCUGAAGUAGCAUUCUUCAUAUUCACCAACGGAAGCACUCUCAGGUCCAACUUGACUCAGAGGUUUAGAGCUACAGACCAAGCAUUGACUGACAUGACAGCUUGGCCUCCAGUCAGCCUAGAAGACACAGGACUACAGCCCAUGACCAAGGAGAAAUGCCAGGAGGAGAUCAAGAGCUUCAGAGAGAAAAUCAGUCCAGAAGAAAGUCAGAUGAAGGACGUACUGAGAUGGUACAACACUGUCAAUGCAGCACUGUUGAGUCACCUCACAGCUCAGAUCAAGGAAACUGACAACAGUGGUGUCUGGAGGUUACUGAUUGCAUUCAAGAACCUUUUGAGAAGUAUAGAAAACUUUGGCAUCUCAAUGGUCUACGGCAUUAACUACUUUGGUGCAGGAAACUUACACGGAAAAAGCUACAUCAAAUUUGUAAAACACUCCUUCAUUGGACAAGAUGUUCUCAACGCAACAUUCCACUACGUACCUCAACUGCGACAUGUCUACUUCAAUCUGAACAGAACCAUGAUGAAGGAUAUCGACUCCAGGAGACAAGAGAUUCUAGGAAAUGAACCAAUGAAGCCAAAUGUGGAACAAGCAAAGGAUUAUUUUGAUCUGAUGGCCAACUAUGCUACUGAGCUGCGGAAACUGCAAGGACACAUCCGACAGGAUAUUAGGGAGUAUGUGAAUAACACAUUGAUUGAUGCCAAGAGUAAGGAGCUGAUGGGGAUAUUCCUUCUUGGUCUGGUUCUUCUCAUUUCUCCAAUAAUCAUCAUACUUGUUCGGAAAGCUGUGGCAACAAUUCAGAUGUAUGCGAGUCACCUACAAGAAAAAGCAAGCGAACUGAAAAAGGAGAAAAGAAAAAGCGACAUGCUUCUUUACCAGAUGUUACCUCCAAGUGUUGCCAUGCAGCUGAAGCAGAAUGAGCAGGUACCAGCUGAGUACUAUGCCUCUGUAACUAUUUACUUCAGUGAUAUUGUCGGCUUCACAAAAAUAGCAGCAGAAAGUACACCAUUGGAGGUUGUAACCUUCCUCAACUCAAUCUACAACAUGUUUGAUGAACGUAUAGAGUGUUACGACGUGUACAAAGUUGAAACCAUAGGGGACUCUUACAUGGUCGCCUCUGGCCUACCUGUCAAAAAUGGCAAACGCCAUGUGUCGGAGAUUGCGACUAUGGCACUAGACCUUUUGGCUGGCUCCCUCCACUUCCCUGUGCCGCACAGACCCGCUGAGCAUCUACAGAUCCGCAGUGGUAUCCACACAGGGCCCGUCGUGGCGGGGAUUGUGGGCAGCAAGAUGCCCCGCUAUUGUCUCUUCGGAGACACCGUCAACACUGCUUCUCGUAUGGAAUCCACAGGGGAAGCUCUGAAAAUUCACAUCAGUUUAGAAAUGAAGAAGGCAUUGGAUGAUGUUGGGGGCUUCCGAACUGAGCAUAGAGGAUAUGUAGACAUAAAAGGCAAAGGAGUGCUGGAUACUUAUUGGCUGACUUGCAAAGAAGGAGUGAUGGCUUCUAGUGACAAGGAAAAACUCUGUCUGGAGUAUUCGUAUCAAGUUUGACAUAUUGAUUGAAU